UCCUCCUCCUGUGCUUGCUCCAGGGUUUAGCGCGCUGAGGUGGAGUUCUCAUUCCUGGGUCCCAAACAGUUCUCCGCAUAGCCCGGAAUCUAAAACGGGCGCUGCGAGGCAGGAGGGCGUGGCAGGCAGGUAGCCUCCUAAUCCCAAAUGCCGCCCGCUUCCGGACCCUGCUAAAGUCACUAGCAACCACCUCUGAAGUUGGAGAGGCGGUAACCGAGGCACUCCCCCUGCGGUCGCCCGCCGUUUCCAAGAGACUCAGAAACCAGUUUGUUUCCUCCCGUUUGUGUGUACCUAUCUUACGGGGCGUUGCCCGAGGCGGGACCCAGGCCAGCCUGAGCGGAUGUUAUUUUCGAAAUGCGGAAUGAUGCCUCUGCCUCAUUAAGUUCCAUAGGACGACUGCCACGCCAUCAUCACCGUUAUUCCCUACUACCGUCCUGUGUCAUUGAGCAUAUCAGUUAAGAUGCCUUAGACUUAGAAAAGAACCAUGGAGAAGUAUGUUAGACUACAGAAGAUUGGAGAAGGUUCAUUUGGAAAAGCCAUUCUUGUUAAAUCAACAGAAGAUGGGAAGCAAUAUGUUAUCAAGGAAAUUAAUAUUUCAAGAAUGUCCAGUAAAGAAAGGAAAGAAUCAAGGAGAGAAGUUGCAGUGUUGGCAAACAUGAAGCAUCCAAAUAUUGUCCAGUAUAAAGAAUCAUUUGAAGGUACAUCACUGCUGCUGAAUACUUUUUUGUCAAAUUAUAAAGGAAUACAGAUUUUGGACUGGUUUGUACAGAUAUGUUUGGCCCUGAAACAUGUACAUGAUAGAAAAAUUCUUCAUCGAGACAUAAAAUCACAGAAUAUAUUUUUAACCAAAGAUGGGACAGUACAACUUGGAGAUUUUGGAAUUGCUAGAGUUCUUAAUAGUACUGUAGAACUGGCUCGAACUUGCAUAGGGACCCCAUACUACUUGUCACCUGAAAUUUGUGAAAACAAACCUUACAAUAAUAAAAGUGACAUUUGGGCUCUAGGAUGUGUCCUUUAUGAGAUGUGCACACUUAAACACGCAUUUGAAGCUGGCAAUAUGAAAAAUCUGGUACUAAAGAUAAUAUCGGGAUCUUGUCCACCCGUGUCUUUGCAUUAUUCUUACGAUCUCCGCAAUUUGCUCUCUCAGUUAUUUAAAAGAAAUCCUAUGGAUAGACCAUCAGUCAACUCCAUAUUGGAGAAAGGUUUUAUAGCCAAACGCAUUGAAAAGUUUCUCUCACCUCAGCUUAUUGCAGAAGAAUUUUGUCUAAAAACAUUUUUCAAGUUUGGAGCACAGCCUAUACCAGCUAAAAGACCAGCCUCAGGACAAAGCUUGGCUUCUGUUGUGCCUGCUCAGAAAAUUACAAAGCCUGCUGCUAAAUAUGGGAUGCCUUUAACAUAUAAGAAACAUGGAGAUAAAAAAUUACAUGAAAAGAAACCACUCCAGAAACAUAAACAGGCCCAUCAUACUCCAUUGAAGAAAGUGAAUCCUGGAGAAGAAAGGAGGAAAAUGUUUGAGAUUAGCUUAAUGAAGGCUGAACAGAUGAAAAGGCAAGAAAAAGAAAGGUUGGAGAGAAUAAAUAGGGCCAGGGAGCAAGGAUGGAGGAACGUGCUAAGUGCUGGUGGAAGUGGUGAAGUAAAGGCUACCUUUUUUGGCAGUGGAGGGGCUGUGCUUCCAUCAUCUUAUUAUUCUCGAGGACAAUAUGAACAUUAUCAUGCUAUUUUUGAUCAAAUGCAACGACAAAGAGAAGAUAAUGAAGCUAAGUGGAAAGGAGCAAUACAUGGCCAAAGGCUACCAGAAAGGGGAAUUUCACCUGGAGUACAUCUGGGAUUUCCUAAGGGGGCUGCAGGUCAUCACCAUUUCCAGGAUGCUGAUUUUACUAGAAAAACUUUGAAAAGAUUGAGGGUCGUGUCUAAACCAGCCAGUGCUCACAGGCAAAAGGGGCAGGCAGCUGUGGAAAGAGCUAAACAAGUGGAAGAGUUUCUACAGCGAAAACAGGAAGCAAGGCAGAAUAAAGCUCGAGCCGAAGGACAUAUGGGAAUCCUGCAAAACCUGGCAGCUAUGUAUGGAGGCAGGUCCAGCUCUUCAAGAGGAGGGAAGCCAAGAAACAAAGAGGAAGAGGUUUAUCUUGCAAGGCUGAGACAGAUAAGGUUGCAGAAUUUUAAUGAGCGCCAACAGAUUAGAGCCAAACUUCGUGGUGAAAAGAAAGAAGCAGACAACUCUGAAGGACAAGAAGGAAGCGAGGAGGCUGAUAAGAAGCGUAAAAAAGUUGAAGCGCUUAAGGCCCAAGCAAGAACACGAGCUGCUAUAAUAAAAGAACAAUUGGAACGAAAGAGAAAGGAAGCAUAUGAGAGAGAAAAGAAAGUAUGGGAAGAGCAUAUGGUUGCUAAAGGAGGGAAGAGUGCUGAUGUGUUUCCCUCGGGACAGCACGAAGCAGGUGGCUCUCCAUCAAAGCAACAGACGAGAUCUGUUAUUUCUGUGACUUCAGCUUUGAGAGAAGUGGGCAUGGAGUGUUUAACUGAUACCCAGGAAGCCUCAGAAGAAAUGCAAAAGGCUAACAAUGCUGUUUCAAGUAAACGAGAAAUACUGCGUAGAUUAAAUCAAAAUCUUAAAGCUCAAGAAGAUGAAAAAGGGAAUCAGUGCCACUCUGAGACGCGAGAGGUAAUUGUUCAUGAGGAUACCAAAGAACAGGAGAAAGAAAAGUCGGUUUCAUCUGAUCGCAAGAAAUGGGAGGCAGGAGGUCAGCUUGUGAUUCCUCAGGAUGACUUGACAUUGGACACAUCCUUCUUUGCAACUGACAAACAUACAGUGGGGGAGGUUAUUAAAUUAGAUCCUGGAGGAUCUCCAAGAAGAGUUUGGGGAAAAAGCCCUACAGAUUCUGUUCUAAAGAUACUUGGAGAAGCUGAGCUACAACUUCAGACAGAACUGUUGGAAAACACAACCAUUAGAAGUGAUAUUUCUCCUGAAGGGGAGAACUGCAAACCCUUAAUUAGUGGAGAAGAAAAAGUAAAAUGUAUUUCACUUGAAAUGAACCCAUCAGCUACUGUUGAUUCUUCUGUUGAUGGAAAUAGUCCAAAGUUUAGUGAGGCAUCUCCACAGAUGUCAUUGAAACCAGAAGGAAAUAUGGAUGAACCUGAUGACUUGGAAACAGAAGUUCUACAAGAGUCAAGUGAAGCAAACAAAGAUGGUAGCUUGCCUUGCACUGUUAUGGACGUGUGGGUUAGUGAGAUAAAAGAAACAAAAGAAACUGAGAUGGAAGAUAGGAUCACCACCAUUCAGCAGAAUGAAGUUUCUGAAGAUGGAAUCCCGAGCAAUGUGGGUCAACUUAGUGAAGUUCAUAUAGAACCUGGAAUAGAUGGUUCUCAGCGCUCUAAAUGUGGUGUAGAUAAAUCUAUGCAUCCAGAACCGUUUUUCCAUAAAGUGAUUCAUUCCGAGCACUUGAAUGUACUCUCCCAAAUUCAAUCAAUUCCGGGUUCACCAGAAGAAUCCGUUCCACUUCGAUCUCGCUCUGAUUCACCACCAAGAAAUAAAAGCAAAAAUUCCUUGCUGAUUGGACUUUCAACUGGUCUAUUUGAUGCAAACAACCCAAAGAUGUUGAGAACAUGUUCACUCCCAGAUCUCUCAAAACUGUUCAGUACACUGAUGGAUGUUCCUACUGUAGCAGAUGCACGUCAAGACAAUCUUGAAAUAGAUGAAAUUGAAGAUGAACACGUUAAAGGACCUACUGAUUGUGAAGACAUUGUGUUUGAAGAAACUGACACAGAUUUACAAGAACUUCAGGCCUCUAUGGAGCAGUUACUCAGGGAACAACCUGGGGAAGAAUACAGUGAAGAGGAAGAGUCAGUCUUAAAGAACUGUGACAUAGAACAGACUGAAAUUGGGACAGAUCUGGCAGAUGAGGAUGACAAUCCCAGCAGUGAAAGUGCUCUAAAUGAAGAAUGGCACUCAGAUAACAGUGAUGGUGAGAUAACCAGUGAAUGUGAAUAUGAAAGUGUCUUUAACCAUUUAGAGGCACUAAGACUUCACCUGGAGCAGGAAAUAGGCUUUGAAAAGUUUUUUGAGGUUUAUGAGAAAAUAAAGGCUAUUCAUGAAGAUGAAGAUGAAAAUAUUGAGACUUGUUCAACAAUAGCUCAGAAUAUUUUGGGAAAUGAACAUCAGCAUCUUUAUGCCAAGAUUCUUCAUUUAGUCAUGGCAGAUGGAGCCUAUCAAGAAGAUAAUGAUGAAUAAUCCUCAGAACAUUCUUUAAUCCUCAACUGUAUGAAAGUAUUUAAAUUUGGUGCAUCAGAAUAACAAGCUUCAGUGGGAAUGUAGCGAUUUUUUAAUAAAUGAUAUAUCAGAUUUAAGAUGCCUUUGCUGAUUGCAUGAAAAAGAUGGACAAUCAUACCAUUUUUCAUUUAAGAUUAUAGUGUUUUAUCUAUUUUAUUUUGUUGAGUUCUAUAGUUACCUCUUACAGAAUGUAUACUUUUUAAAAUCAUUCAGCCAAAGCAUAACAGACAUUGAUCCAGACUUAAUGGUUGGACUUAAUGGUUUUGAAGAAGAUUUGCCACGUAGUAAGGUAACUUUUACUUUCAGCAAAUGUCUUUGGAUUGAAAGGAUUACUUAUGUUGUGAAAGACAUGCCUGUGGUAUUUCAUGUAAGUAUUUAAAUAUGACCUGUUUGUUUUCUUGGCCAGCAAUUAGGUCUUAACCUUCUCAAGGGCUCUAUUUAAAUAUUUACAUUUUGAAGAUGGGAUUUUUAGCCUUAAAGUUUAUAUUCUUGGUCCUUUUUCAACCAGUGCGUCUCUUGAACUAGCACAGUGGAAUCUAGCUAUAGAAACUGUCUUAGAAAUUGUUGAAAAAUUUGAUUAUGAAAGACUAGCAAAAUUAUUUUUCCUGAUAUUCAGAAAGGGUGGUAAAUUACUUCUGUUUCUUUUUAAUGGCCAGAACCAGGACUAUUACACCUAGCAAUUAGCCUGAAUUUUAACAUUGCCUAGCAUAUACCAUAAAGUUGCCCUUUUUGUUUUUAACUUUAUCUUAUUCAUGUGCUUUAAGGGUACUAUGAGAUUAAAAGUAGAAAGGAAUCAUUUUUAUUUUGACUCUGUGACAGUUUUGGUAACUGUUAUUCCAAAGUGGGGGAAAUGUCUGCCUCUUUUAUUCCCAUUAUAAGAGGAUUUUUUUAGACCAUUUAAAUGAUAGUCACACAGCCCCAGUUGCAAUAUGCCAGGUAUUACAUGGUUUCAUUAGUGAUGUCUAAAGUCCAGAUGCUUUUAGUAAUAAAAGCAGAAUUUUUGAAACUUGAGUGCAAAGCAGCCUGAUUUGCAUAAUCUAUAAUUUGAACAAUAAAAUCUUAUCUUAUGGCACUAUCAGUACUAUGAUGAAUUUAUUAUGUAUAUUAUUUCUAACACCAAAACUAAAAACUUGAUUUUUAUACUUUUGUUUAUUUUGUGAUACUACUAUUAAAUUUUUAUUAUCUACCUGAAGUACACUAUUGGUUGUCAUAUAUUCAUUAGCACUGUUCUCAAUAGAAUGCUUUUACACAGAGCUGAGAACAUUUUUGUUUCUUUUACCUGAUAAUUUCCUUUUUUUUAGUGGAAGAAUAUUUGAAUUUUGUACUUUAAUUCUCUAUAAUCCUGGAAGAUAAAUGAUGGGGGGGGGGAGACUUUCUUUUUAAAUUUUUAACCUAUUACAACUAUUAGAAAAGCAAGUAAAGGUAUAACACAGCAGAAAAAGUUGAUUAGCCAUAUUUGAAAAGAUGUUAAAACUAAGGAUGACAAAUUGGAUUGUGCUGUCUCCAGUCAAUUGGUACUGAGUGGCUCUGGAGUGUUGUUAUGAAAGGGUGGUCUGUGCCAGUUGGGGAGAGGGCUGUUAUUGUUCAGUAAGGUCUGUUAUAGGUUUUGGAGGUGAACUGUGGAAACAUUUGUAGAUUCAUAGAAUGUUAGAGCUAGAAUGAGCUACCAAGGCAAUUUAGUAUUAUCUUCAUUUAACAGGCAAGGACAGUGAGUUAUAUAAUAUGAACAAAGUCACUUGUGUAAAUGUCCAGAAUCAGACUAGUUCCAGGUCUUACACUGUACUAUUAGUUACACAUUCUUUUAAAACUUAUCUCCUGUAGAGAGUGAAAAGGAAUAAAUGCAGUAGGAAAAAAUACGGCUAGUAUUAAUACAUUAAGAAUUCAAGUAUUCAACAGGGAUUUUUGCUUCUGGAAAUAGUGCACUAUUCUAAUUAACAUCCCUGCUGAAAACAGUUUUUAAAUACUAAAUAAAAUUGUUUUUUUCCCCAUAAAA